UCACCAUGUACGCUCUCUCUGUAGGGAGAGAGCGAGAGAGAUACAAUAUAGUACAAUAUAGAAGAAUAGAAUGGAAACUAGUUUGAAGUAUAUUUAGACCGGCCGACAGCUCCGACAUGGGUAGCCCUUCCACACAAAACAACCUUAACUUGUAAUCAUAGUAUAAUCGACAAAAUCGACAUACUAGCUGAAGUAAACAACGCCCUGCAACCGGCCAGGCACUUCGUGUAGCCUACUGUUUUCGAAUAUGUCCUCGCUGAUCAAAUACGCGCGCAGUCCACAGCUGCUGUACUGCUAUGCAUCAAAACGGGGUGAACACACCGGCCCGUACCACCGGUCUCGCAUGGAAUGGUACGCUGAGAUGUUUUUAUCGCUGGUGCCUACCUUGGCGUCACUUCCACCAAUCUACUAUCUGUGGCACUUAGGAUAUGGCCUAGAUCCGUCGAGGUUUCUAUCGUACUACGGUGUGCUCUCCGGUUUCAUGGCAGCAGCAUAUGUUGCACGUGUUUUUAGCCGAAUCGGCAACGCCGACUAUCUACGAUUUAUGAAAGUGUAUAUGGCUGAACAAGACAGACCAUCUGUAAGGUGGGACAAAGCAACUAAACGAAUGACACCGACACAACUGGACAGCUUUGACUAUGAAUUCUCUUUCCGACCUAUCGACUACUCGGCCAAACGCGCAGUGCAGCCAGUACCCACUCGAGCCGAGACUCACUCCACUGUAGUAACGGAUUUUGUCACUGGAGUCAUUGCUGCCUGUAUAGGUCGGCCUAUGAUAUACCCUGGCUCCACUUGGCUAAUGCGAACACUUUUAAGAGACGCGUUGGCCAAUGAAAGGGCGUCACUAAUUACAAAGCGAUCUGGCGUAAGAUGCAAAGUGGUCACGGUGGACAACCUCGCCUUGGAUUGCAUGUACUACGACAAGCGUACCACUAGGGAAGCCGAAAACCGUGUAGCAACGGGUGCCUCAGGAGACAUCAACUCGGAUCACGAUUCGGACUCAUCUGAGGAGGGUCUGCGCACAGCCCGUGGCAACACGCUCGUCAUCACUUGUGAGGGCAAUGCGUCAUUCUACGAGGCCAGUGUGGGCAUGGCCAAUGUGGAUCUGGGCUACUCGGUGUUGGGCUGGAAUCGCCCCGGGUUUAUCAACAGCGAGGGUUUGCCAUAUCCUCACACAGAUGCUGGGGCUGUAGCCGGUGUCAUUGAAUUUGCCAUAGUAAAGUUAGGCUGGCGAGAAACGGAUAUAAUGAUCUACGCGUGGUCGAUAGGUGGAUUCAGUGCGUCCCGUGCUGUGACCGAAUAUCCCCGAGUGAAAGGACUGGUUCUGGAUGCCACAUUCGACCAUGUUCUACCCCUGGCCUUGGGUCGUAUGCCUCAAUGGAUGUCAAGUUUGACUCGAAGCACGAUUGGCACCUGGCUGAAUUUGGAUGUGGCGGCGGGAGUAAAGAACUAUCCAGGACCCAUCAGGUUUAUCAGACGCCGGCAGGACGAGAUGAUAUCGUCUAAAUUGGGUGACCUGUCAAGUAACCGAGGAAACUUCCUGAUAACCGAGGUGCUAGAGCACCGAUAUCCGCAUAUAAUUCGUCGAGAUUACAUGCUUGCUCUCUUAGGCCAUUGUGACGCCAUCACUACCCCAGCGGUUGACGAUCCGGCGGUGAAGGAAGUAUUGGUGAGUAUCUCCUCGUGGUCAUCCGAGGAUUCUGAGAAUUACAGUGAAAAAUGGAAUAAGCUCCUGCAAGAAACCAGUGACAAGCUAGACCUGAAACAGGUGGCUGUUAUCAAUAAGUGGCUUUUAUGUGUCCAUCUAGAUGAUUUGAAUACUAAACAUUGCGUCCCUUACCCGUCUUCGCGGUGGCGGGAGCCUAAAUUUAGAUUCUAAAUUAAAAUUACUAUACACACCUAUUCGGUG